CUUCCGGAGCAAAGACACCUAAAAAUGUGAAACUGCCAAUGAAUAUAUAUAUAUGUGGUUAUUUUCAGUCUAUGAAAUAAGUUAAUAUGCUUUCCUAAUUUUAGUGCAUUCAUCCUGAUGCAGUGAGCAAUCUUUAUGAUCACAUCUAGUCAGAAGGAAUGAUAAUGACCGAGAAAUUAAAGGUCUUGUGGUAGCCGACCUACAGGUGUUGUCGACACAGUGACGCAGUGAGAGACAUGACUAACACUAACAGUGCGUGGAGUUCUAGACGGCGCCUAGCGCGAAUUCGAUGCUUAUUUGAAUCUAUUCGAUGCUUCAGCGAAGGCAAAGCCCUACCAGAGUGUCUCUGUUAUAUUCCAGCAGAAGUUGAAUACCAGAGUCAAAACAGAAGUGUGGUUAAAUUGUAUCAGGAUGUGCAGAAGAGCAGCAAAAAAGUGGGAGAGAUAACAUUGACUAACGAAUCUCGAUUAGUAGUUAGUGGUGAAGAAUAUUGUAAUUCUCAAGGGAAAUGGCUGAAAGUGAGAAAGUUCAGAAGUUGUCCAUCAGGUGAGUACGUCACAUAUGACAGUGAUGCCUGGGUGCUCCAGUACAGCAGUAAGACAGCCUCUGAUGAUCCCGCUCUACAAAUCCUCCCCAGUAACACCCUUGACAAGAACCGGAAACAUUCAGACAGCUGGGAAGAUGCAGUAGAGCAGCACUUUGCAGGCCAGUUCCUCACUCGGAGAGUGCGGCUAGCUGACAGUGAUGUGUCGGCCAUGUCAUGUCUGAGGGAAAUCCCGGCCGGUUGGACACUGGAGGGGGACGAGGAGCUGGUUAGACUAAUGUCCCAGCACAUUCCACCAGACAAUGACCACCUGGGCAGCAUCAAAAGCUUCGUGGAGUCAGUAGACGUGUCGUCCUGUUGUGAUGACGAGGCUGGACCAUCAUGUCUGACAGAUGCUGACCCCGACACCUAUUGGGAGAGUGAUGGUAGUCAAGGGAACCACUGGAUCCUUCUCAAGAUGAAAAAAGGAACUGUGAUUUUAAAGCUACAGCUGACUCUAGAUGGCUCUGAUGACAACUACCUACCAGCCCGGGUGAUAGUACAGGGCGGGGAACAGGAAAACCUGCGUGCACUACGUACAUUGGUACUAGACUGGGAAGUAAAAGACGUGGAAGAUAUUACAAUAUUAGAAAACAUGACAGAACAUUUCCCCAUCAUCAUGAUCCUCAUAAAAGAAUGUAAAGCUGGAGGUAUUGACACAAGAAUACGUGGCAUAAAGAUCUCCUCGUCAGAGGGCCGCUAUCUGGGGUUUGAUAGAGACUUUUUCAAGGGAGAGAACUUAGUAAGAUAUCCCAAACUGGAACCCUAUCCCCCAGAUCAGCUCUACAGACGGUCAUUACUUCUACAAAGGUUGAUGGUGAUAUUAGACAGUGUUUUACCUUAUAUAGUUCCUGCCUGGGAAUACUCUAUAGGAUCUUACAGCUCGUUAGAGUUGGUGAGACAACUUUUGCCGUUGUCGAAGAAACGCCUUAAUCUCAUAGAAACGUUCAUCAAGGAAUCGUCAUCUGAACGACCAGCAGAGAUACCGAAACUAUUUAUAAACCGCCGAGCAGCCAUGGAGCACCGCUGUAGUCCAACUCAGGAUUCAGACUUUAGAAACACAAUUUUUCUGCAAAUUUAUGAGGGCUUGAAACCUCGAGACAGGACGGCAAAACCUUUAAAUUACAGAUGGACAUCACGAUAUGAACAAUGGUGGGAGUGUAAGUUUAUGUCGGAGGGGGUGAUCGACCAGGGCGGUGGAUUCAGGGACAGUUUGUCUGAUCUAGCAGAGGAACUCUGUCCUAUGUCAGCCGAUAAGCCCCUCCCGUUGCCUUUCUUCAUCAGAGCUCCUAAUCAGUUGCGAGACGACUCCAAUGUAAACAAGGACGUGUACAUCCUGAACCCUGCCUGUAAGGAAUUCGCCAAGUAUGAGUGGAUAGGCCAGCUAAUGGGAGCUUGUCUCCGCGGCAAGGAGAAUCUGAUCCUUGCUUUCCCGUCGUUUGUAUGGAAACGGUUAGCUGGAGAAACAGUUUCUUGGUCCAGAAACUUCAACACAGUUGAUGCUGCUGAGGUCACACUGAUAGACAGUAUGGAGACUAUAGAGAAGGACCAGUUCUUAAUCCUGGGUCGGACCUGGAGCACAGUGCUGAGUGACGGAACAGCCGUCAUGAUGAAGGUGGACAACCAAGGAAAUCCGUUAGACUUGAUGUAUGAAGACCGCAAAGAAUACUGUGAUAAAGUGCGAAAGAUACGCAUGGCUGAAUCUGACGAACAGCUGGAAGCUACAAGGAAAGGCCUACUGAAGGUUGUACCACAGGCUGUCCUCGACCUGAUGACGUGGCAGGAACUGGAACACAGAAUCAGCGGUGACCCAGACAUCUCUAUAGACGACCUCAAACGCUCAAUUCGUUAUGACGAUGUGGAAGAGACAGACACAAGAGUGAAGUUUAUGUGGGAAUCACUGAAGAACUUCUCUACCGAGGAUCGUAGUCGCUUCCUCCGCUUCGUGACGGGUCGACGGCGUCUGCCUGCUCCAGUACAUAUAUCUUCGGGGAAAGGGGAUUCUAUAGACUGUUUACCCGAAUCAUCUACAUGUGCAAACACUCUGUAUUUACCUAACUACACAAGUGCCAAGAUUGCGGAGGAGAAGCUGAGAUACGCAUCGUAUAACUGUAUGGAUAUGGAUGCUGAUGUGAAUCCCUGGGACGAGUGAUAAGUGGACAGUGUGGCCAGCAAUCUGUGAUGUCUCCAUUCGUUUGUUCAUCUGUGAUUUACAUCCCAUAAUAACCACUAAAAACUCAGCAGUUCACUGUCCUCUGUAGGGUUUCCGGGACGGGAGAUUCGAUGAUGGUGUAAACUAUUAUGUUACAAGCUAUAAAAAAACGAGCUAUGCACAUCUUUUUAUUGUCGAGCAGCUUUGCUAUAAUUUAUUUCUGAUGAUAAGUUGGCCUGGCUCACAUAUUGUAUUAUUGUAGUUUAUAAUAAGUAAGAGUAUCAUAUGACAUCGAAACAUAAUCUCUUCACUGGUUUCAUACUGUAUUCAUACAUAUUGCUGACGAUUCCAGAAAUGAGUGGUCCUUUUUUGUGAUCUUCACCAUCUACAACUUUUUCUUGCCCAUGAUAUUCAUGUUAAAAGUUAGUUUAGAGCCUUUUAUCCGUACCUAUCGUUGUUAUCAAUUAUUAGUGUCACCUACUACAUUGUACAUGUACCACCACAUACCAUUUAUAUCUGGAAUGACCGAUCAUCAUAAUAAA